AUGGACCACAAGAUUGAAGGAGACAAAUGUCUGUCAGCAGGGAAUUAUGCUGAAUACUAUCAGAAUUAUAAAAAAUAUCAUAAUGUCACACAAACGCAGACUUCUAAAGAAGAACUAAAUAAAGCCAAAAAGAAAUAUGAUCUUUAUAAAGAACUUUGUGAAUUUCUUAAAAAAGAAGAAAAUAAAUAUUACGAUAUUCUAAAUCUUAAACAAGAUGCAACACAAAAAGAAAUAAGAGAUUCAUACACAAAAUUAAUAAGCAAAUAUCAUCCUGAUAGAACGAAAAUGAAAGAGUCAAAUUCUGUUUCUAGAAUCCUUCAUAAGGCGUAUGUAAUUCUUAGUAACACCAAAAAAAGACAAGAAUAUGAUAAUUCAUUAAAAUCAACAUUUAGCACACAGUUUAAUUUACGAGAAUGGAAUAUUAACCAAAAUAAUAUUUUUACAAAUAGUAGCUUUAUGCAUGAUCCUAAUAAUUUUUUUUGGCAUCACAACAAUGACGAGUUUACGAUACUAAACAAUAUAUUAUACAGAAGUUUUUAUAGAUAUACGCCUAAUAGAAGAUUAGUAAUACACAACCUUGAAGAUAAUUUUUUUCUUAAAUUAAUAAUUUUAAUCUUAUUGAGUUAUUUUAUUUUACUUGUUUAA